GCUGUUGAUGCGGCGGUAACCGUUGCCUGGCUCUUCCUGUGGUUCACACAGAGGGAGAGAGAGGGGGAUCAAGGAAGGACGCAGAAUGGCGACUGUGCUGUGCCACAAAUGCACGGCAGAAAGGAAAGGGUUUCGGCGGGAACUUGAUUCUUGGCGACAUAAACUGAUACACUGCGUUGGGUUUGAAAGCAUCCUUGAAGGUAUCUAUGGCUCAAUGCUGCUGAGAGACCUUGAUGUGUUUGAUGACUGUGAACCUGAGGAGUCAGAGGACUGGUCGCCAGAAACAAGCUCCUCCCAAUGUUCGUUCUGCAACAUUCCUUUGGACAAGGAUCAAGUACCUCUAUCCACCUCACCUCUCUCCUCCCCCUCAGAUUACUCCCCCUGUCAGGCUCCAAGCAUCUUUGAGAGCAACCAAUCAGCUCACAGGUUUCUUCAGGCUGUUUUCAUUAAGAAAGAUUUGCCUCUUGGCUGCGAUACCAACAUCCCACUUGUUGCUCAGGAACUGAUGAAGAAGAUGGUACGUCAGUUUGCCAUAGACUAUGCAUCCAAGUGUCUACACAACAAUGGUACAAGUAAUGUUAUAACAAGGACAUCCUCAAGUUCAUCAGAAACGUCAGAUGCCCCUCUAGACCUCACAGUGAGCCGAGCUCAAGCUGAAAAAAAAGAUGAACCUGAAAUAGAUGGAGUACUUGACCUCUCCAACAGAAACCCUGGCUGCUCAGCUACUUCAUCAUCAACAGCAAAUAAAACUGGCUCCGGGAGGCAGCACCAACAGAAGAAUGAUUACAUUGAGAGGAGCUGGGAGCUGUCCGAGAGUUUGCUGUCGAAGGCCCUAAAAGAUAUAUGUUCAGGGAGGCUGCAGGAGCAGCGGGCCUCAUUACUCUAUGGAAUACCUCUUCAAACCCUGAGACAAGGUCUUGAUGAUCUUACUGAGAAAAGGUUUGGAACACCGCAACAACCUGUGUCAGAAAGCAACGAUUUAAAGGAUGAGCUGUCGUCGUACAAUGUGAUGUCAUCAAUGUUAGGCGGAGAAGCCCGUCUUGUUCUGCAGAAGGUGGCAGCAUGGGCCGAAAUUGGUGGAGCUGUAGAGGAAAAUGGCGACUUAAGUUACCCGUUAUCCUCUCUUAAUUUUUAUCAGCUCAGUGGUCUACAAAAACCCCAUUCCUUUCCUCAACUCAGGGAAGCUCUGCAGCCCCCUAGUCCAACUUCCAGUUUGGAGCCAUCAACACCAUUGCGCAUUCCUCAGGUCCGAUCUAUGUCCGACCACAGUCGCUCAAUCCCAGCCGAAAACAGCAUUGUUGGAGAAAACCUCCAUGUGCGCACUUCAUCAACAGAAAGCACUGCCAAUCCCCAAACACCUACAGGGACUUCAUCCCUCUUAAAGAUCAGACCUCCUUUCCUGGUUCAUGGUAGUCCAGGCAGCGCCAACCAGUCACCUCAUCAUCGCCUGGGACUGCGUAGGUCCUCCUUGGAUGAUUUGGAAGAGGGAACAGGUGGUCGAGACAAGGACAAGCAGCCAAGGAAAAAGCGUGGGAGAUACCGCCAGUAUGACCAUGAACUGAUGGAGGAGGCUAUCACCAUGGUGAUGGCAGGUCGUAUGAGCGUUUCAAAGGCCCAGGGAGUUUAUGGUGUACCUCACAGCACACUGGAAUAUAAAAUAAAGGAACGCACAGGUACAUUGAAGAACCCGCCCAAGAAGAAAUCUGCCAAUUUCCCUCCAUCUAACCAGUGCCUGUCUGGUUCUGGUUCUAUUAUGGGUUCUACAAACUCAGGGACUCUGGCCUCUGCUGCCGACACAAAGAGAUUUUAGGACACAAAACGCCUCCGGAAUUCUCCAACACUUGAACUUCACCUUUUACAAGACGCACAUUUUCUGAAUAAACUUGUCAAAACACAACACAUGCCUUUACAGAAAUAUAGGGAUAUCGAUAUUCAGGUCUUUUAAAUACUAUUUGUGUCUGUGUAAUGUGAUAGUCAUACUUCAGGGUGUUUCUUUCAUUAGUCUUGGGCUUCAUUUGUCACAAGGUACUGGUGCUCAUUACAGGCUGUGUUCUCAGGAGCAGUAUAACUAAACACAUUUCUCUCAGCUCCACUUCCUUUUCCUUAAAUUCUUAAGGAAGUUGAAUUCAUUAUAUUUUAUUAAUAUUUUGUAAUAGCUGUGAAUCCCACUUAGAGGUGGGGACAAUGACUUGUUGCAGUCGGACUUAAAGGCAAUGCAAUAAAAAUAUUUUUGCAUAUGUCUUGAAAAAACAUACUUCUUUAAUUAAAGACUAAAGUAUUGAUUUUCUCUAACUCAGUUCACAACGAAUUGAUUGUAAGCAGGAUACAUUUUGAUCACAACCAAAUUAAAUAACAAAACCUUUGAUUUCAUGUUUAUGUGCUCUGGUUUUAUUUGUUAAAAAAACAACAACUCUACACGUUGUUUUUCUCCAAUUAGCCCAAGACAAAAUGUGGGAAACAGUAGUGGACCUUAUAAUGCAAAGAAAUGAAGUGUGACUUUCAUGUUUUGUAGCUGUUAGGCUAUUAGGUUAUUCAGGUUCAAUUCAAACUGUUAAAGCUCCAUGCUGAUGGAGUGAUGAUGAUUGUCAUUUACAGCUUUCUAUUUCUCUCUGGGUUUCAUAGCAAAGCUAUUUACACAACUUAGAGCUAUUGCAACUGAUCUGAAACCUUGUUGCUGUUGGUAGACGCCUCUGUAAAAGAGAGAUUGUACAAUGUACUUUAAUGUUGUGGCUACACGUUUAUACUAAUACACUGAAGAGAUCAGCUAAAGUUAGCCAGUUUUAUGUAUACAUUUCUGCUAUUUGUGCUAACUAGUCUAUACAUUGUUGCGUGUUGUCGGAAUGCUGAUGUGAAGCAUGUUUUUAAAUGUGCACUGAUAAGCUUGAAAAUGUAGGUUAAUGUUUAUGUGUUUUGAUUGUUAAAUAUAUUUUUACCAUCAGAUAUCAACAACAAUCUGUUACUGUAGCUUUAUCACUGUAAUCCUCAUACAGGACUGCUACUCAAAAAUACCUUACCUUCAUGGGACCAUUUUAUUGGCACAAAACAGGGAUACGAUAAUAGACCUAUAUUCACCAGGUGUGCUCACAAGGUGUCAUACUUUCUACUGUGUGACGGAAGAGUACGAGGUGUGUGUUUGUAGGGUUACUAUUGAAGGUUGAUUGUGUAGACGACUGGAUGUGGCCUUUGAUAUAGGCUGUAUAUCCGGUAAGAGUGCUACUACCAAAGCAGCAGUUCAGGGUUGCACACACAACGCUGCUACAUUUUGAUUUGCUGCGAUGCAGAUGUUUGACUGUAUGUAUGUAUGUAUGUGUGUGUGUGUGUGUGCGUGCGUGGGUGGGUGUAUCUGAAAUAUCUCAUUCUAACCUCAUUUGCCACAUAUACCUCCAAACUAUAUCUGCCUAUAGCCCAGUGUCAGGUUUCACGUUAAAGCCUCUGAGUUAUGCUUACUAAGCUGGCGUUUGAGCUCUAAUUAGCUAAAUGAUGCUAUAGAGCUCUGUGUUUCUCAAGGAAAAGCACCUAAAUGUAAAUAUAUUGUCAUAAACACAAAUUGAUUUAACUCUAUCUGUUGCACCUACAAAAACCCAAACCCAUUCUUAGCUGAGCAUUUUUCUCCCUUUUUUUUAAACAUUUCUUGCUGUUUUUGUUAUGUGAAAGCUUACUACUUACUACAUCAGUCUGACCACAUCAUACAAACACUGAUGUCAAAGUGACUAAUUGAUUUUGCUCAGGCAGUAUGUUGCAUCAUGACAUCACAACUCUGGGAAUUAUAGCCAUUUAUGUCCAAUACCCCAUUUGUGAACAAAACAAAAACAUUUCAGUAGUGUGUUGUAGAAUUACCUUUCAGUUGCUGGUAUAAAUAUACUGUUUAUGCAUCAAGUAUUGCACUAGGUUUUGUAAGAAUAAUUUGAUUGAAAUAUUUUUGGUGUCGUUGCUGCCUGUAUUUAUUGCUUAUGUUUUAAAAUUGUGACCCUGCCCCCUUUCCAGGCUUAAUAGUAAUAGUAAUUCUUGAUUUUGAAAAAGGCACUUUGAUGCAAUGUUAUGUGUAUUGCUGCAAUCGCAUGAAUCUUUUUAAUGUCAGCUUAUAUAAUUUAUUUUUUCCUCAAAUGACACUUCACAUUUUAGAUGUUGUUUGGUGCUUAUGUUAAGAAUUUCUGUGUGAUUAUUUUAUUUGUUGUUGUUGUUGUUUCUUAUUUGGUAUUAAUGUAAAAACAAAACAAGAGUCACUUAACUGUAAGAAACUUUGUGAAAUAUAAUGAACUAACAGGACAAAAAGUAUAAAAACACUGUUUUACAGGUUUUAACUUUCUAAAAUUUGCUGAAAAUGCAAACAUUGUUUCAAGCGUCCUUACAAUCAUUCCUUCUGCUUUUAGCAGAAUGUUGUCAUUUGCCUUCAGCAACCAACAAUAAAACAGUCCUUUAAUCGGU